AUUAACCACAAAGGCACAAAGCACUCCGGCCGGAUCCACAAUACUUGCUCCUUCUCUCCUUCGUCUCCGGCGACUAGCAGUCCCCGGCGGCGACAUCGCCAAAGAAUUCGGCCUGUUCAACACUCUCUCAGCAGAGAGCUUUGCAAACUGGAGGUGGACAGCUGCUGUUCCGUGUUCCGGAUCCUCUUCUUCGACUUGCGGUCUUGAUUGAAGACUGGAGGUGGAGAGAACUGGAUCUUUUCUUCAGUAGUUCACCUUGGGUAGCUGUUGCAAAGGACUCUGCAAAUUGGAUUUGAAGGAGCUGUUAUUCAAGAAUUUCACGCCAAGGACAAUGCUAUAGCCGUCUGUAGAUCCAGAGCAAAGACAAAAAAAAGAUCGAGAUAUGGAGGUCGCUGCUGGGGCGAUGGGCCCCGUCAUCCGUAAGCUCGGCGAGCUGCUCGUCGGAGAAUACAACCUAGAGAAGCGAGUAAAGAAAGGCGUACAAUCGCUCCUAAACGAGCUGGAGAUGAUGCACGCUGUACUUCGCAAGGUUGGCGAGGUGCCGUCGGAACAGCUCGAUGAGCCGGUCCGGAUUUGGGCUGGCAAGGUGAGAGACCUGUCUUGCGACAUGGAAGACGCUGUUGACGACUUCAUGGUGCGUGUGCAUGAGGGUUCAAGCAGCAAGCCUACGAACAUGAGGAAUCAAGUCAAGAAGUUUCUCAAGAAGACCACCAAACUGUUUGGCAAGGGCAAAGCACUUCAUCAAAUCAGUGAUGCCAUCAAAGAAGCUCAGGAUCUCGCCAAGGAGUUGGCGGACCUGCGUAGAAGGUACGAGCUUGACACUCGUAGCACUAGCAAUGGUGCUACCAUUGACCCUCGUGUGUUAGCUCUGCACAAAGAUGUAGGGGAGCUUGUUGGCGUUGACCGCACAAGGGAUGAGCUUAUCAAAACACUGAUUUGUGAGGAUGGGAGUUCUAAGGAGCAAUUGAAGACGAUCUCUAUUGUUGGUGUUGGUGGGCUGGGCAAGACUACACUCACCAAAGCAAUUUAUGAGAAGAUCAAAGCCCAGUUUGAAUGUGCGGCUUUUGUCCCUGUAGGGCAGAACCCUGAUAUCAAGAAAGUUUUCAAGGACUUACUCUAUGACCUGAACAAAGAAAAGUUCAAUGACAUUCAUAAUACAUCAAAGGAUGAAAAUCUCCUCAUCAAGGAAAUCAGAGAAUUCCUUGUGGAUAAGAGGUACCUUAUUGUAAUUGAUGAUAUAUGGGAAGAAGAAAUAUGGAGAUAUAUAAAUUGUGCUUUGUAUAAAAACAAACUCCAUAGUAGGGUAAUCACAACAACCCGCAAUGUGAGUGUGUCUGAAGCAUGUCUCUCUUCCAGUGAUGACAUGAUUCACAAAAUGAAACCUCUUUCUGAUGAAGACUCACAAAUACUCUUCCAUAGAAGAAUAUUUCAAAGCGAGGAGAAAUGUCCAGAAGAUUUGCAAGCAGUAUCAAGAGAGAUAUUGAAGAAAUGUGGUGGUGUACCAUUAGCCAUCAUUACAAUAGCUAGCCUUCUAGUCAGUAACCAAAGGAUAAAGCAGAAAGAAGAAUGGAUGCAUGUGCACAGUUCGAUGGGCCGUGGAGUUACAGAAGGUGGUAUUGUGAAGGACAUGAAGAGGAUAUUAUCACUCAGCUAUUAUGAUUUGCCAUCCCAUCUGAAGCCAUGUUUAUUAUAUCUAAGCAUCUUUCCUGAAGACUUUGAGAUUAAGAGAGAUUUGUUGAUAUGGAGGUGGCUUGCUGAAGGGUUUAUCCAAUGUGACAAAGAAGAAACCAGGCUGUUUGAGAUAGGAAAGAGCUACUUCAACGAGCUUAUGAACAGGAGCUUGAUCCAGCCAGCACAAAUCAAUUUGGAAGGAACGGUAGUAACUUGUCGUAUACAUGAUAUGGUGCUUGAUCUUAUAUGCUCACUGUCAAGUGAGGAGAAUUUUAUCUCCAUAUUGGAUAAUGCUGAGUGGCAUGCACCUAAUCUGCAAAGUGAGCUAUGCCAAGGGUUCAACACCUUGACUUCGAGGUCUCUGCGCCGUCGAUCGCAAGUGGUGAGGUUGACUGCGGCCUGGGGCACCUCCCUUCUCUUGAGCGUGUUCAGGUUUGUCUGGAGCGUGAGAAUUCCAGCCAUGAUGAGAUGGAGACAUCCAAGGCUUGGCUGACGCGCGCAGCAGAAGCCCAUCCAAAACGUCCCACCAUUCAAAUCUAUUUGACAUGAGUGCUGACAUGCCUCUGCCGCGCCGGUAAGGCCUUCAAUGUAAACCCAUCAGUUGCCGCAGAUACUGUUCCAACAUUUUGAAACAGCAGCUACAAUGCAGCUCCCAAUAAGCAAUGCGAAUUCCGUCUUUUGCUACACGGAGGCUUCUGCAGAAAUGCAGCACCUCAUUUCCUUUAUUCAGCCAAGACUCGUACAAUUAAAGGUUGCAUUCAGUUGGCACUGUUUGUAUUUGUAACACUAGUACCCCUUACGUUUUAAUCUCCUCAUUCAUUUGCUUGUCCACCUACGACAUUGUUUUGUUUCUAUUGACUUAUUAAUGAAGAGUUGAUCGGACUC